AGUGAUGCGUUCACUACGGCUACCUUGACACUGUUGUGGUAACGAGGUGCAGCUGCGGUAGUUCAAGAGCAGUAGACGUCUAGAAGGCGACAGGAGACUUAACCGGGCCGAAUAGUAGUUAGUCAGGGGUUAGCAUAAAUGGCCCCGGUGCCUAAGAAGUGAAGAAUGGACUCCACGCUAUCGCUGCCAUGGCCAGAUCCACCAACAGAAGCGCCGAGGACGGGGAGUCAAGGGUAACCGCCCCCACGGAUCGGGUAGAGUCGCCCCGGGAACUGUCUCUGGAAGAGGUGCUGAAGUCGUACGAGCAGCCCAUCAACGAGGAGCAGGCAUGGGCGGUGUGCUACCAGUGCUGCAGCGGGUUGAGGGUGCCCCGCCCGCCGGCCGGGAGAGUCUUUCGGGUGAAAGACCCGUCCUCCAUACUCCUGCGCAGGGACGGAACCGUGUCAUUGCAGCAGGAGCCCCGACACAACGAUGACACUGAUGGACCCCCUCCUCCACCUGCUGCAGAGCGCCAGCUGGUCCAGUCGCUGGGUGUGGCCAUCUACAGAGCUCUGGACUGGGGGCUGGACGACAGCGAGGAGCGGGAGCUCGGCCCCCAGUUGGAGCGUCUGAUUGAGCGCAUGGCCGGUGGGGACCAGGGGGGGGAGGAAGUCUGCACCGGCAGGAACGGCGCUACAGACGAGGGCUACAGCGGCCAAGAAGAGGAAGAGGAGGAGGAGGAGAAGCAGGAGGGAGUGGUCAGGCCCGUGUGUACGUUCCGCCAGGUGGUGGCGCUGUGUGCGUCCCGGCUGGCCAACCCGAGCCUGGCUCCAGAGCACUACCAGGCAGUCUGCAGGGCUCUGUUCGUAGAGACUCUGGAGCUGCAGACCUUCCUCAGCAAGAUCAGAGAUGCUAAGGAGAUGCUGAAGAAGAUCACAAAAGAGGAAGCACCGGAAAACAGGCCUACAUCUGAGCUGGACGCUCUGAAACACACAGACUGGGCCCGUCUGUGGGUGCAGCUGAUGAAGGAGCUCCGUCAGGGAGUGAAGCUGAAGAAGGUGCAGGAGCAGCCGUUCAACCUGCUGCCCACCGAGUUCAGCCUCACUCCCUUUGAGAUGCUGAUGCAGGACAUACGAACUCGCAAGUUCCAGCUACGCAAAGUCAUGGUGGACAGUGACAUUCCCACGAGUGUAAAGAGAAAUGCCCAUGAACUGAUACUGGAUUUCAUCAGAUCAAGACCUCCACUUAAACCAGUUUCAGAGCGCUGCCUCCCCCCUCCUCCGCCGCAGCAGCAGAGCCUCCAUGACCGGGUCCUUGCCGAGAUCAAGCAGGAGAGAAAGCUCCGGCCCGUGGUCCUGCCCCGCUCCAGACCAUUUGGCUCUCUGCCCUGCCUGGCUCAGACUUGUCCUUGUAAAGGGAAAUCUACUUCGUGCAUCGACCUGUCCGUGUCCGAGCCCGGGGCUCGACCGCCGUCCCGCCCUCGCAUCCUGCUCAAGGCUCCGACUCUGGCCGAGAUGGAGGAGAUGAACAUAUCCGAGGAGGAGGAGUCCCCAGACAGCGGGGAGCUGAGGAGGGCAGAGAGCUCCCCCACCCCUCUGAAAAGGGAUCGUUCCUUCUCAGAGCACGACCUGGCUUUGCUUCGUGCCGAGAUGCUUCCUUCGCUCUCUGAGUCGGCCCAGCUGGGCGGGGGGGUCAGGCUGAGGGGGGAGAGGCCUCGGUCCAGGACGCUGAGUGGCGCCGGGCCACCUCCUAACCACAGAGCCUCUCUCCCAGUUCACGGCUGGGUGCCGCCCUCUCCGGCCCGCCUGUCUCUGAGUUCAGUGGACGAGACCACAGAGGGAUCAGAGGGGGCGUCUGCCUCCAGAGCCGGAGACGAGCACCAGUGGAUGGAGGAGUUCAGCCACCCUGUGGAGAGUCUGGCAUUAACAGUGGAUGAGGUCAUCAACGUGCGCAGAGUGCUAGUCAAAGCAGAGAUGGAGAAGUUUCUUCAGAAUAAAGAGCUCUACAGUAACCUGAAGAGAGGAAAGGUAGCGGAGGUUUGCUGCUGCUGCAAAGUUAAUUUCCCCUUCUCAUGGCCAUCGACCUGCCUACUGUGUAAAAGAUCGGUGUGCGGCUCCUGCAGUGCAAAGAUGAAGAUUCCCUCGAAGAAGAUGGCCCAUAUUCCUGUGUACACUGUAGGCUUCCACAGCGCCCCGAAGAGCCAUGGACACAAGAGCCAAGUGUAUAAGUCCCUGCGCUGCUUAUCCCGCCGCUCGGUGGAGGAGGAAUUCCCCCACCUGUAUGCCCACGGCUGCACGCUGCGGGACAUCUGCGCCGAAUGCACCAAGUUUGUUGCCGACGUCAUUUCCUCCAGCCGCCGGAGUCUGGACAUCCUCAACAACACUCCCAAGAGGGAGGCCAAAGCUGCCGCCGCCCCCGCCCCUCAGAGACCACAGCUGCAACGCCAAUCACACCUCGACACUUGCCCUGAUCCACAUUCUCACCAACCUCCCCCUCAGUGUCACCCUCCACCUCACCCACAGUCACAGUGUUACCCCCAGCUCCUUCCCCAGACCCAUCAGCAGCAGCGGCUUCACGCGCCUUCGCCGCCUUAUUCGCCGCAGUCCCACACCAAGACGAUCAACAAUGCAAACCAAUGAGUAGAGUGACGCACACACACACACACACAC